AUGCCAUACCAGGAUCCAUCGAAUGCGACGAUGUGUAGAGAGGACCGUGCCGAAGAUUACUUCGAAAAACACCUCUACCUAAGUUCUGUAUUGGAACAAAUUAACAAAAGACUGCUUUCUUCUGAGGGCCAGUUCCUGCCAUCGUCAUUCUGGAAGAAACUCCGAGAGGACUACAGCAGCGCGACACGUUUAGUGCGAAUAUUUGAUCAUUAUAUCAAUACAAUUAUAUUCGUUUCGUUUGCCAGCAAUUUGUUCUUCGUCUGCUUGCAAUUGUUUUAUAUAUUAUCAUACGGCCUUAACUUCAACAAUGUGCCAAACAAGAACUGUCCGGAUUUUGGUUCCGGUCUCUUCAAUGGUUACGAGUACAUAGUCUACAUAUUGACUUCAAUUAUGUUUAUCAUGGGACGAUCCCUUGUCGUGGCGCUGAUUGCUUCAAAGGUCCACUCAGCAACCCAGGUGGCAGCACCGGUUCUUUAUGCUGUACCAUCUCCAGUCUAUUGUAGCGAGGUGCAGAGAUUCAUCGAGCAAGUACAUGGAGAGUCGGUGGCACUCACCGGGAUGGACUUUUUCCGAGUUACCAGGGAACUUGUGCUAUCAGUAGCUGGUACCAUCGUGACAUAUGAAUUAGUGCUUUUGCAAUUCACCUAA